UAGAAAUAUUUGUGCAUAAUUUGCUGCUACGAUAAACUGCAGUAAAGGUCAUCUAAAUUAACAAUCCCUGAAUGGUUAAAGGCAAUCUUUUAAAAGGUGGACUUUACCCAAAAUUAGCCUAACAGACGACCCAACGAACCACUAUGCAGUCGACUCCGUUUCGUCGACUACGAAAACAAAACAGUAGUGUUAGCGGCCGAAGCCAUCGGUUCCGUGUGGCUGUGUUUGGCCAAGCUGGAGUCGGUAAAACAGCUUUCAACGUUCGCUUUGUUACAAAGAGAUUCAUAGGAGAAUACGACCCGACAUUGGAGAGCAUUUACCAGCGGGCUUACAUUGUUCCGCCGAAUUAUCCGGUUUUCUACGAGAUCAUGGACACUCCUGGCCAGGAAGAAAAUAACUCUGUAAUGUUGGAAAAAAUCAAAUGGGCAGACGCGUUCGUCAUCGUUUAUUCAAUCACUGACCGACAAAGCUUUGCCGAAAUUCCAAGGCUUAAGUUCUUGGUUUCACAUACGAUCUCAAACAAUGGGCAGAAGAAUACACCAAUCGUAAUUGUUGGCAAUAAAAAUGACCUCAGCAGGGAUAGAAUGGUGUCAAGGUCAGAAGGCGAGAAGUUAGCCUUGGAGCUGGGCUGCAGUUUUUACGAAAUCUCUGUGCGUGAAUCCAUCGACGAAAUAGCGUUCAUUUUUGAGCAGCUAUAUCGGUCAUUUCGGCAAGUCGAACCUACUCUUCUAAACAAGGGGAAAAAUGAGAAAUCCACCGUCGAUUUACCGAUCAUUCCUCACGUCUUUCCAUCCCUACCUGCAAAGAAACGCAUUAAAAGUUACAAGCACAUUGACAAAAUACGACGGUUACAAGGGUCGACAAAUUUGUCCGUGUCCUCGAACCAAGUUUCCUACCCAAGCAGACCAACCAGUAGCUCAUUUUCUCACAACCACAGACAGCCUUACUUAUGUACCACAUUAGAAGAAGAGCUCUACCAAACGGAUACUCAAGAAUCCGACGAACAACCGGUAGAUGUCGCUGACGAACAAGUUUCUGAACCCAAACCUGAUCUGCCACAAGAGGCUUUUGGGACAGAGACCGAAGACAUUGAAUCCUCCACAUGUAGUUCCAAAGAGGACGAAGAACUUUCGAAAGUCGGCUCUUCCGAUCCCGGAGAGAGUGGAGCUGAGUAUCAACCUGUGGAUGCAAGAAGAGCUGCGGAAGAAUUCGCUAAAAAGAUCAUUUUAUUAAACAUCGGAUGAUUCGCUUUGUAUAUUUUCCUUAUUUAUGUUGUAUUCUUGCUCGUGUGUCCUUACCGUUUUCGUCUUCAUUGAAUAAAUAUUUAAAAACAAAAUAAAAUCAAAA